UGGUGCACAGGAACGGUGGGCCAUGCAACAAGGGUCCUCCUCCUGGUCCGCUCCUAAACUGCCAUGCCUUCCACAGAGCAGGCCAAAGGGGAUAUGCUGCAGGAGAUGCGCUUGAAGACAAGGCCGAAGUGGAGAGCCGGGAGGAGCGGCUAGAGGUCCUGGCUGGUCAGCUGGAGGCGGUCAAGAGGCAGCUGGGCCUGGCCACGACGAAGCUGGACAAGGAGAAGGCCAAGGUGGAGAGCGUGCUCCGGCACAAAGAGUCUCUCCAGGCCAAGCAGAGAGCCCUGAUGCAGCAGCUGGACCGCCUGGACCAAGAGUGCGAGCAGCUGAGGGCCGGCCUGGCCGACAGCGAAGAGGCGCAUGUCCUGAUAAAGGAGAGCGUGAAGGAGAUGCAAGAAGGGAGGCAGCAGACCCAGCGUCGGCUGGAGGAGCAGCAGAGGCUGACAGAGAAAGCAGAGCAGGAGAAGCUGCGCAUGGAGCAGUGCGCCUCUGAGCUGCGGAGGACCAUCUCGGAGCUGGGGGAACUGGUCCGGGAGACGAAGAAGAGGGAGAGGUUGCUGGUGUUGUACCCAGACCUUCAUGUCCCUGUGGAGGCACACUUUGAAGGCACCGGGGACGUCAUGGAAGACAUAGGGAAGCAGCUCCGGGCCAACAACAUCCAGAUCAGCGUCCUGGAGGAGGAGAACACGCGGCUGCGCGCUGCCCUGGCCAAGAUGGAGGAGGCCACACUACUACGGGAAGAAACAAAGAUUAUGCCGCCAACCCAGCUGUGGAUCGCAUCUGACGCAGACAACCCAUACGAAAACGGUGGGCCGUGCUCUCCAAUGGGGUGAGUAGAUGGUUUUGUAGCACCUCUGAUGCAGAAAAGGUUUGGUGACAGGGUAAGAAAGGAGACUGAAAGUCAC